UGUGGUUAAAGAGAAAGAAAGGGGAAGGAAAUGUUCGUUUUAGUUUCUGAGGCUGCAUGACGUUCACUCAGUACGGAAGAGAACGACAUUAGCGUUUGUCACACUGAGUUUGGUCUUUUAUUUUAGAGAAACUCUGGUCAAAGUUGAUCAUGUGGGACGUUCUGCUGCUCUUUUCCAGCAUCUGUACAGCUGUUGUUGUAGGAGCUGCAGAUACAGUUACAGGACACAGACGAGAGAGAGUUGAGAUCAGAUGCCCAUAUGAACCCGGAUAUGAAUCAAAUUCAAAGUAUUUUUGUAGAGGGGAUUGUUUAUUGUCAAAUAACAUCAUGGUUGAAUCAGGAUCUCCAGCUAAAGACGAGAGAUUCUCUCUGACUGACGACAAGAAGAACAGAGUUUUCACCGUCACCAUCACUGAUCUGAGAGCAGAGGAUCAAGGCAAAUACCGGUGUGCUGUGAAGAGGACUUUCAUUGCUGAUAUCUUUUUAGCUGACGUCUAUUCAGAGAUUUUGUUGCAGAUAAAACUUGUAAAACAAAGUUUCAACCAUCAGCUCUUUUUCAAAAACACAGUCGUCUUUCAGCACAACAGAACUGAAUCUACAAUCAGGUCAGUUCAUCAGUCUGUCACUCUAUAUGACUCUGAUUUCUUGAAUAUUGUGCAUCUAAAUGUACCGGUGGGAUGCUCCGGUGGGAUUUUCCCUGUUAUUAAACAUUUGCAAGUUGCUUUGGAUAAGGAAGUGUCUUUAACAGAAAUAACAAGAACAAAAACAGGAAAUACUACAGUUGAACUCCAUCAGCCAACCACUAAAUCAGUAGUGUGUUGUUUAUGUAAUAUCAUGUGUAAUAUCAUAUCAUGUAAUAUCAUGUCCUGUUCAGACCUGGCUUCUGUUGCUGGCGGUCUGGGUUCGGUUCUGCUGGUUCUGACUCUGUGUUCUGGAACGUUCCUCAUCCUGAAAAAGAGGAACAGGAAAUGUGGGACAGCUUUAGUUCAGCAAAAUGUGCAGCACAAUACAGAGACUGACCGCAUGUAUGAAGAGAUUCCAAACAGUGACGUCGCUGCGGUAACUUCUUCAUCCAAUCAGACGCCUGCAUCACACCUCGGCAACCUCCCAGAAGUCUCUACUGUUUACACCACAGUAACCAAUCAGCAGCCUGAUUCAAACCUCAGUCACACCCACUCGACCAAUCAGGUGACAGAUCCAGACUGUGAUUAUUAUGCCAUUAUAAAUUCACCUGACCCAACACAGGACAGCAGGACAGAAGUGAUCUACGUGACAGCAACACAUCCACAAAACAUCUCAACCAACGAGGGAACAAUAUAUUCAGUAAUAAAACAUGAAUAAAAAGUAAAUUCUAAAAAAAA